AUGAAUAUAAACAAUAAAUUUUCUGCUUUUAUUGCCAUAAAAGAUGUCUUUUUCUCUGAAGUUGGCCUUGGAAUCUCAGCCAAUGCCAUCCUUCUUCUCUUCCACAUCUUCAAGUUCCUUCUCAAGCACAGGCCCAAGUCCACUGACCUGACCAUUGGUCAUUUGGCCCUCAUCCACAUCAUCAUGUUGCUGACUGUGGGCUUCAUAGCUACAGAUCUUUUUGGGUCUCAAGAAAUUUGGGAUGACAUUAAAUGUAAGUCAGUUAUCUACCUGUACAGGUUGAUGAGGGGCCUCUCCAUUAGCACCACCAGCCUCCUGAGUGUCCUCCAGGCCAUCACCCUCAGCCCCAGGAGCUCCUGUUUGGCAAAGUUCAAACAGAAACCCUCACAUAACUUGUGUAGCUUUAUUUUCCUCUGGGUCUUCAAUAUGACUAUUAGUGCUCGCUACAUAGUCUCAACUGUUGCCACUCCCAAUGUGACCUCAGACAGUCUUCUAUUUGUUACUGAAUCCUGCUCCCUUUGGCCUGCUACUUACUUGAUCAAGUAUACAUUUUUCUCACUGUUGACCUUCCGGGAUGUCUUCCUUAUAGGGCUCAUGGCCCUCUCCAGUGGCUACAUGGUGAUUCUCUUAUUCAGGCAUAAGAGGCAGUCCCAGCAUCUUCACAGCACCAACCUUUCUCCAAAAGCAUCCCCAGAGCAAAGGGCCACCCAGACCAUUCUGCUGCUCAUGACUUUCUUUGUGGUCAUAUACUUUUUGGAUUUCAUUAUCUGCUUCUCUUUAGGAAUAUUGUGGAACAAUGAUCCAGUUCAUCUGUGUGUCCAGAUGCUGGUGACCAAUGGCUAUGCCACCAUCAGCCCUCUGGUGCUAAUUAGCACAGAACAACGAAUAAUCAAGGCCUUACCAUCCAUGUGGGGAAAGGACAGUAAUGUUUAA